AAUCGAAAGUAAGGGGACCACGACGGUGGGUUUUUUCCCACCCCUCAUGUUGAUGUUAAAUGACAGUGUUUAAAAAACAGAUAACAUAAAAAAAAACUGGAAUCCAAAAUGAGAAGUAAUUUAUUUGGACGGAGAUGCCCGAGUGGUCCCGAUUGUUGUGCAGGUUGACCGCCUUUCCGUCUGCUAGAUCAUCGAAACCUGCUGAUCACACACUGCUGAUCGCUGUGGGACAGAGACAGUUUUAGAAGAAAUACUUGAUUUCCAUAAGCAAGGAAAAACUAAUAUAUUCUACCAUUCAUUUUUCCUUUAUUUUAAUAACACAGAACCAUGGCAGAAGACGAGGGGACAGACGUUGACAUCACUCACGAUGUUUUCCUUAUCCACGCGAACGACCCACCGGAGGACAGAGAUUUUGCCCUCAAAACGGUAAAACAUUUAUUAGAAUCAAAAGGUUUGAAGGUUAUGACUGACGAGGAUAACUUUUUAGGGGGACAAAAGGUGUUUGACAACAUCGCUUUAGCAAUCAGAAGCUGCAGAAAGUCUCUUAUUAUACUCACUGAACAUUCCCACAAGAGUCCGUGGUGCUCUCUUGAACUUCUGAUGGCUUUAGAGAAAUCUCACAGACGUAACAUCAUGUCCGUUGUUGUAUUGUGGAAAGGAAACUCAGUUGAAUGGGAAGACCAGCUGGCACUUGAGAUGCUAAGUACGGUUCCGCGUGUAGAUAUUGAGGACUUCGAAGAUAUUAACCACAAGUUAGAAGAACUUGUUGAAAAGAUAAAAGAAAGAAAGUGUGUAGAAGAACUUUUGCCUGCAGGAAACAUUGCACACGCUCAAGUCUGGUCCCACUAUACAGGAUUAUUGCAGUAUUUGCUUCCAGAAAUUGCAGAUCUUAUAAAAAAGACUGAUAUAUACAAGAAAAACCCAACUAGGUUUUCUCUGAAGUUGUUUGAACUUGUUCCUGAAAACUGUCGCUGCCCUUGGGUUAUUCAGGAUAUUCCCGAAGAAAAGUCUGGGCAACGAAUCAGUGUUAUGACUGAGAAAUUACCAACGUUAACGUACCAAAGGGCUGGAAACACCAGACUCGUUAAUAUGUCCAUUUACUGCAUAAAGGACAAAGAUGGCACGGAAUACUACUGUGUAGCAGAAUAUCCAGCCGUUUUAGCAGGAAUUCAGAAAAUGGUGGAAGAGACGUCAACUAAAUUACAAGAAUGUGACAGACGCAUGCAAGUUGGGCGUUUCUACUACACUCUGGUUUCUCUCUUACAUCACGAAAGCUUGGAAAAGACGUUCAAUAAAGCAAGGGUUAUCAUGUAUAACGAAAACAGACCAGGAUUUGUUUUAGCAGACGAAUUGUUGAAAGCAAUCAAACAGGAUUUGAAUGUGGAAUCAUUUGAAGAUGGAAGGAUGGAAAGACCAUUGGAUAGACUUAGUUCAAGAGAGCCAAAGGAAUAUGAGAAUGAAGCUUUUCUGUUUUGCCAUAGUAGUGAAACAAGUCAAGUUAUUGGGCACGAAAUUGAAACAUUCCUGAAUAAGAAAAAUGUAAAGCUCGAUUUACUUGGACAUCAUGCAGGACAGAAACAGUUUGAUCUGGCUGAGGUCAUUGAGAAAUCUUACUGGACUAUAGUGGUCAUGACCCAAGAGGCCCUCCAUGACAAAGAAUUUACAAUACAAAUUUUAAGUCUUCUACAGGAGUUUCUUAGUGAUAAAAAGAUUAGAUUGAUCCCAGUUUUAGUGGACACAAGAUAUGUAGAUAUCCCAGAUGCAGUGCGGUUUGUUACAUACGUUGCUGUCGAUGAAAAUAAGAGAUACCUGGAGAGACUUCUUUGUACCUUAGAAGGAAAGGAUAUCCCUUUUGAGAAAGAAACACUAAUUCCAGCAGGGGAUGUGGCGUAUGGAUUAGCCUGGACAUACGUCCUCAACUACCUACAAUUUGUUCUGAUGGACCCAGAACAGGAGGGAGCAGAUGGAUUAACCGAGACUAUCGAGAAAACAUUAACAAAUCGGAAUAAAAGCACCACGUUAUGCAAGAAGAAAGUUUAUAUUAUUGUGCCAAGUUCUUGUGAGUGCCACAAAUCGCUAGAAGAAGCUGACCGUCGCAUCCAUCUUGUUGAAACCAUACAUCCAGUUUAUGUCAAUCUUGCUGGAAAUAUACAGCGAAAAUAUAACUUUGAUAUGUACAAGUUUGAGGAAAAUGGAAAAGAGUAUUUCUUUGUUGGGCAAUAUGCAGCCCCAGCAACCUGCCUGAAUGACAUGUGGAAACUGAAGAUCGCAGGGUUAAAUGAACGUGACAUGGUUAUACAGGCCAAGAAAUUCUGCCAUGAAAUCCAAAAUAUUUUGAAUCAAAAAUUGGUCGAAGAAUUUGCCCAUAAAUGUGAGGUCGUAUUCUACGAUGAUUCGAAGUAUACUCUCUCAGAGGAGAUGAAGAGGAGAAUACAAUGAAACAUCAAAAUUGCUAUUAUCUUUUGAUUUUAAAUAUGUGCUUUUACAACAAGUAUCUUGUUAGCUAUAUUUAAAGAAUCGUGGCAAGCUUUUCUUUUGAUUUAAAUUUUCAGUCUAUGUUUUCUUUAAGGAAUCUUAAAGAAUAAUUGAAUUGCUUUUAUCAAUGUGUUGCAUUAUUUGUAAUGAAUCUUAAACAAACCCUACAACAAUCAAACAACAUGUUAUGAUUUUUAUUUUAUAAAUUCAUUAUACACAUGUAUAUACCAGUUAUAGUACAGAUGGUGUCUGGAAUUUUUCUGUUUUGUAUUUUACAAAGGUUUUUGUUUUGAAUCCUAUUUUGAAAUCGUGGCAUUAAUGACCUAGCUGAUCUCAACAUUAUGAAAUGCAACUUUUUGAAAAAAUUUUGAAAAUUAGUAAGUAUUGAAUAAAGUCUCAAAUUUCUUAGUGUUUUAUUAAUUUGAUAUACAAUCAUAAUAUGUAAACAUGUGUAUUAAUUCAUGCAACCAGUUGAUCUUAAGUGUAAAAAAAGUAUUAUUUAUACUUUAUAUGAUGCAUAUUAUUUUCGUAUUUAACAUUUUUUAUAUGAUAGAGGUGGAUCCUAAAUAUCAUUUUUUUUUUAAAAUUACAUGAAAGCAAUAACAAGGACAAUAUACUACUUGAUGUAUUUUACUUAAGAAAUUGAACGUUUGCUACACCAUUUGAUGUCAUUAAUUUAAGUCAAAAGGAGCAAUAUGAUAUUUUGUAUACUCAGCUUCAAUGUGUUUAGAAGAAAA